AUGACUACUGCCCGAUAUAGAAGUGUCAAUAAGUCAGAGAUCAGCGUGUCUUAUUACGGAGUGUCAGACAGUGUCGGUUCCGGCAGAUUACUGGCUGGAUCAUCGGCAAGAAGUGGAUCUCUUCGUCAUUCAUCAAGAUCUUCAUUUUCACAAAGAGGGAACCAUUCAAACCGACGGGUCCCUGUAAUAACUUCAGCAGAACUGCGCGCCAUCUAUCGGGCGCGGGAAAUCAGACGACAACGGAAGCUACUAGAGCAACAGAGGCAGCAUGCCCAGUUGUCCCGAAUACAAAGCAACAGUGCAUCCCAUCAAAAUCUGUUAUCCCAGAUUUUAACACCAAAGCAACCACAACAACCACAGUCACAACAAGUGGUUGUCUCAAACGAUCUACUGCGUAACUUGCUGAUGGCGGCCAUCAUAGGGAAAGAUUUAAAUACCGCCACAAGUGGAGGACAGCCACAGGUGUCACAGCAACCUGCAAAACCAACCGGAAGUAAACCUACUGUCAAAAACACGCAAAAUACAAAUAAUAAUAACAAUCCUGUUGUCAUAGAAACAAACGGAAGUAUUCAGCUCUCAGAGGUGAAAAAGGCAAACGGACAGACACAUAUUGUAAUUGACGCCUCUAGCAUGGGAAUCGGUGGUCCACUGCCCGCAACCUUAAAACCUGGAGAAGACCCCCCAGAACCGGAGAUAAAGCAUCCGUUUGGCCACCGGAAGUGACAUCACUGAGCUAGUCUUCGUGUAAUUCUCACAGUCUGCACAUUCUCAGGAAUAGCAACAUAAAUUAUGAAGGCGUCGCGUCUUUGGUCAGGGCGAUGACUUGCGAUUGGAUGCACUCGUGGACAGUUAACUCUACAAUGCUAUAUAAGUGUCCCAACUGUGGGCCAUUUGUUUUUAAACGUUUGUUAUUUCUUUACAGAGGGACAAAAUCGAUCUUUGGGUUUUUCUUCUCACAGUUAUCAACAUAAAAGAUCUUGUUGGUUUUAAGAACUGAAUAUGGAUUUAUUUAAACUGAUUCCAAAAUAUGUUGGAUUUUUUUCAAUG